AUGGGAUGUGUUCAGCAUCAUAAGCGAAACCAAAGCCCCUCUGGAACGAUUGUACUUUUAUUGGUUGUUCUCUUGAUUGCAUCGUUUCGCAGUGGAAGGCAAUCGUUGAAUACUCUCCAGAGCGGUGCACACGCUUCUGACUCGUUCCCAGGUGACUCCUCACGGCUCUUCAAUUUGGGUCUAUCAAACAGAACAAAAAUUAUUCUGAACAUUGGUUCAAAUUUGGACCCCAUAGUCCCAAGAACCGAAACUGGCGUUGCAUGUGCAGUCACUAUUGCAUUCGAGCCCAUUGUACAUGAAUUAAUCCCAAGCCACCCUGCUGUCCACGUCGUGCCCUCUGCUGUCGCUGAUCAUGAUGGUUUGGCGGUGAUGCAUGUUUACAACACUGAUGGUGUGAGUAGUUCGUUGAGUAAACCAGUUAUGAGCGCAAAAUGGAACCGCGGGAAAAGAGCCAAAGGUCCGAAAAUUGUACCAUUGUUAUCUGUAAAGACAAUCAUGCAAACACUAGCAGAUAGGCAAAUACAUUUCAUCAAAACAGACAUGCAGGGGUUUGACUUCACAGCCAUUUCUUCUGUUCCGCCAGAACUAUGGAAGGAUAAAUAUCAAGUGCCUCAUUUCACAACAGAAGUCUAUCUGGAAAAUGUGAAAACUUAUUUUGGAGCAAACAAUGAUCUUUGUACAGAGUGGUUGCCAUUCAUGAAAAAUGCAGGCUACAUUUUUGAAGGCCUUCUUCGGAAGAGAGAAGGAUACGAAUCGCAGAAAUCGUUGGAAGAGACUUGUCGCCAGCAGCAGAUUGGUGGUGGGGAUCUGGUUGCAGACAAACAAGAUAAUGCGAUAACUUUGAAGGAGGCGGAUGCCCUUUGGAGACAUCACUUGCAACCCUCUACACCCACUAAUAAGAUAUCCACGGUCUACAAUUAUCCCGUUCUUGGUCAUGAUAAAAAUGAUGAUUUUACUGCUGAAUCCAGAUUCAGCAGUUGUCCCAGCUAA